GUUGAUUUGAGCGAUGUGCUUUCAUCCCACCUUCUUGACCGAUUUUCUUCGGGGCCCCAUCCCCGACACCCAGCGCCUGGAUUUUUUCGAGACGCGGCCCCCGACUUCUCGACCACUUCCUCCCUGGCCGGUUUUUCAUCCGAGUAUUUUUUUUUCAUGGUCCCGAAACCCAGUGAGGGCACCGAGAGGCCGAGGACAAAACUUUGUCUCGAUUUAUUCGCGACGCCAGAUGUCUGGGACCAGCUCGGACCCCCUGGCCGCCUCCGACGUCCAGCUCCCGGUCCACGCCGACGUGGGGAGCGUCGAGCUGGACGUCAGCGCGGACUGUGCCGAGCUGUCUCUGGUGGCCGGCGCCGAGGCAGGGUCCCUUCGUGUGCCGCUGCCGCACCGCGUGGAUCCCUCGCGGGCUGGCCCCGCGAAGUACCACAGGACUGGAGCCGGCUGGGGGUCUGCGGUGGCCCAGCCAAGGACAUCAUCACGGCUGGUGCUGGAACUACCUCGAGCUGCCCACAUCUGAAGCUAUUGCGCGGUGCCCGAUUUUUUUGUCUUGUGCACUGACGGUGCAGUCACGUUCGCUUUCCGACUCAUCAUCUCAUAGGGGUGAGCUGCGUGAUCAAUAGUCUUGGUGUCGUUGGCGCAAGAGAUUUGCGCUUACAAGUUGAUCCAUUCAUGAAUUCGUGCCACGCCACGUCCUGCCCUUGCCAAUGGGCGGCGUCCUACAGCACCCCCCCCCCUCGAGCUGGAGUGGACUCGCUUUUCGGCCCUCGCCCGCUUACGAAGUGGUUGCAGCAAGCCCACGGGACUUGAACAUGCCGCUGCCAGCCAAACUCCUUUGCUGUUUUUUGUUAGCUUCCGCAUCUCUCUUCUGCGUGCUGAUUGUUUUGUUAGGCCGUCUCUGACGCCCCGAUUGCAAGUUCGGAUUCGGCCGCCACACUGGAUAGCAGGCGCGCCGGUGCCAAGCAUAUGGUAAGUAGAGCUGUUACAUCCAGGGAAGUAGAGCCAGAUGCGGCAUCAGCCGAGUGAAAAAAUAUGAUGCGCCAGUUUUUUGUAUCCCGUCGUCUUGAAUUUACACGGCCAUCUCCAACGGGAUCAGAUCGCGUGUGAUGUUCCCAAGCUAUGUGAAUAGAACCGUAUCCUACCAGUCCACGUCACUGAUGGGAGGGCUGGGAUAAUGGGCCAUGCAGUGAGGCGCGGGACGGCCUUACCAAGUUCGG